AUGGAUAAUUUGAAUCAAUACAGCCAAGGUUGGGAACAAUUUGUACAGCGUGGGACAAGCGCACCUGUGAAACAGCGAUGUCAAGCCAACGCGCGAGAAAGAGAUCGUACACAAAACAGCGUGAACAUGGCUUUCAACGCCCUGCGCCUGCUCAUCCCGACGGAGCCUCCAGAUCGCAAACUCAGCAAAAUCGAGGUACUGCGCCUGGCCGGUAGCUACAUUACCCAUCUAGACAAUCAAUUAUAUACAGGUGAUAUGGAACAGCCGUGUCUGAAACAUAAUGACUUCGAUCAUAAAAAUACACCUUUGUGUACAUUUUGCUGGUCUUCUGUUAAAAAAGAAAAAUCUACUGCAACACGGACUCAUGAAUACUAUCAAGUACCCUACUAG